GCAACAGAGAUUACAGAUGAUGCUGGACAUCUCCGAGGACGCACGCACUUCUACGCUUUACGCACAAUCACUCGCCGACCGCUGUUUGCGCUUAAAGGCACCAAAAUACAGGAUAUCCGCGCUGAUGCUUUGCGGUUUGGGGAGUUUGUUUUGUGAGAAGUAGGAGCAGGACUUCGCUCGGGGUUUUACUUUUUUGUGAAUGGAGAUGGGCCGUGCGUAAAGAUCUGUUGGUGGCAUUUAGCAGAAGAGCUGUCAGUGUCCCACCUGUUGCCAGGUGGUGUUGGCUUCACCCGCGGACAUCUACUAUGACAUUAGGUUUGGAAAUCAUGGAGGAUAUUGUAAUCGAUGUGGUGGGAGAAGGACUCAAAGACAGCGGAGAGGAGCAGCUCUUACCUUUGGAUGAGUCGCGCAGCACGGAGACUUCCAGCAGCCAGAGCAAAGAGCGGGACACCUACAGCCCCGUACCGGCGUGUCUUCCGCCUGCUAAAACCAAAGGUCCCGCGUCAGUGAAGCCUCCAUACUCAUACAUCGCUCUGAUAACGAUGGCCAUACUCCAGAGUCCCAAAAAACGCCUCACUCUCAGCGAGAUCUGUGACUUUAUCAGCCACCGCUUCGUUUAUUACCGGGAGAAGUUCCCCGCCUGGCAGAACUCUAUCAGACACAAUCUGUCGCUUAAUGACUGUUUUGUAAAGAUGCCCAGAGAGCCUGGAAACCCCGGGAAGGGCAACUACUGGACGCUGGACCCCAACUCCUCCGACAUGUUUGAGAACGGGAGUUUCUUGCGGCGGAGGAAGCGCUUCAAGCGGCAGCAUUUUCGCUUCGACUCGCUGAAGGAGCAGCACCUGGAGCCCAGCGGGCUGCACGGCUUCCCGCACUCCGCCUACGGGCUCGGCACGGCGGCUCUGCAGCUGCCCAGCCUGGAGAUUUACCCCUACCUCCAUCACCACGCGCCCUCGCCGUGCGGCCCCGCCACCAUCCCACCUGUCAGCAGCAUCCUGCCGGCUUUGUCCAGCUUCUUCUCCCGCAGCGCCCUCACAGCCAAGGCUUUCCUCCAGUCGCAGCCGGGCAUGGACGGCUUCUCCCCGGCCCAGUGCAGCGCGUACUCCUCUCCCCUGACCUCCAGCGCUGCCUACGCCUCCCCUGCGCUCUUCCACCCGGCGGCGUCUCCGCACUUCCUCAGUUUACACCAGGAGUACCAGAAACUACAGACUCAGCGUGGCACCGCGGCCCUCGCCAAACGCAUCCACACCAAUAAUGAAUAAUCCCAUUAAAAGCGGACUUUGAACUCGUGUUUUCUCAGGUAACAGAGACAUUUUAAGCAGAAGCUCCCCGCAGUGAAAAGUGGAUCUGCUUUUUAAGAAUGUUGUAGAUACAAAACUCUCCCUCCUUCCCUCUUUUAUUGCAAAAAAAUCCUUCAACAGGCGCCUUUUUUAUUUGAUCAUGAAUUAUCAUCUUUUCUUUUAGUAUUUAAAUGACGAAUUUCCUAUACCUUUUUCUGGAAAGAAAUAAAAUUGAGUAUUUAAACCUUGCGUUAUUUGUAUUUUACACAGAUCCACGUGGGAAUGUGAAGCGUUUUAAUUAGUUUAUGGAUGAGCAAGGAAUAAUUACCAGAAUUAUUUUUAAACCUACAGACACUCUAUAUUUUUCUUUAUCUUUGUUUUUUGCCAAAUGCUAACUUGGUUUCCAUUUUCACUUCUGGAUUUUGACUGUUUCUGUGCUAAAUUAUUUAGCAGGCCUUCAUGCGUAAAAUGGGAAAUCCCUCAAAUAAAGCCAAAAUAAUCUUCAUUCAGAUGUUCACAAAUGUUGGAUUGCUGCUGAACUUUGAAAAGAAACAGCCAAAAUAACAGAAUUUUAAACGAUAACGAGGAAUAAAUUCUCCCUUAGGCCUUUAACCUGCAGUAUCUGGGUGGAAAGAUGAGCUUCUUUUUUGCAUAAAAUGACUGAUAGAAUAAAACCAAAGCAAAGAUUAUGCUGAAAAUGAUGUGAUUCUGGUAAUUAUGAGUCACCCAAAUGUUUUGUCACUUGAGAGAGAAUUGAGAAAUUUAUUUUAAGGUGAAGAGAAAAAGCAACAUCAUGCACCAUGUUGGAAAAAUCCUGGAGCAUCAAGGUCAAGUUUUGGUUGGUUGAAGCGGAUAUUAAUGCAUUAAAUUAGAAUGCAGAAUAAAUAAGAGACAUUUAAUUGGGAUGUUUAGCUCUUAAUCCAAAGGCCUAUACACCAUGUGUGUUUCUGUGUGUGCGUCGCUUUCAAAGCUACAACCCUGAAGAUAUACAUGCCUAUAAUUGCCAUAUUUUCCAAGGCCACACACACACACACACGAUCACUCACACACAUCUUGAAAAUCUGUACAGCACAUUUUCAUGUCAAAUAAUCAUACACCCGCUUUCUGCUCAUUUACCUUCCAAAAGUUCUCAGAAAAAAAGGGGAAAAAAAUCCCAUAAUUCAUUUUAUUAUAGUUGAGUUCAGCCAAAACUAUGUUGCUUUGUGCUCAUUAUGAUGUUAUUGUGUAUUUGGCGACAUUUUUUUUUAAAAAUAUUUUUUUAGAAAAUAUGCAUCCUAAAAAGUUGAAUUUGAGUGUCACAAUGAUUUUUUGAAUUAACAUUUUUGCCAUAUAAAUAAGUCUAAAUAACUAGAAGGAAAAAUUCUCUUUCAGAAAUUCCCCUUUAAAAAUGCUUCAGGAUAUAUAUUUUAUAUAAAAAAUGUUUGUUGCUCAUAAAUUAUCAUAAAAUGCUUGUUUAUAUUUUAUUACAUUUUUUUCAGUUUCCUACCCAGUGUCUACAUUUCAUGAUAUUUAAAAUCUGAAUUCAACCAUAAUGUAAUCCUAAAGCAAAUCAGUUCGUCUUUUUUUGCUUAAAUAAACAUAGUGCAACACACACACACACACA